UCUACGCGGGAGAGACGCGAUCAAGUGCACUUUGUGUGUGACAUGGAACGAAAGUGAUUUGCUGUCUUCUGCAGAAAGGAAUCGAACUGCGCCUGUAAAAAUUAAAAAAAUACGCUGAGAAGAUGCAAUCAGCUUCAAGAUGGACUUUGCUGCUUUUUCUUGGAGGUUUGCUGCCACAAGACAGCUUUGCAUCGAAGGCAGAGGACCACCUCUUCAGGAAGCUUUUCAGGAGGUACAACCAAUUCAUCAGGCCGGUGGAGAACGUCUCAGACCCUGUCACGGUGGAGUUUGAAGUCUCCAUCUCACAGCUGGUCAAAGUUGAUGAAGUCAAUCAGAUCAUGGAAACUAAUUUGUGGCUUCGGCAUAUCUGGAAUGACUACAAGCUGCGAUGGAUGCCAGCUGAGUUUGAUGGAAUUGAGUUCAUUCGAGUUCCAUCAAACAAGAUCUGGAGACCCGACAUUGUCCUCUACAACAACGCUGUCGGGGAUUUCCUGGUGGAGGAUAAAACCAAAGCUCUGCUGAAGUUUGAUGGUACAAUUACCUGGAUUCCUCCCGCCAUUUUCAAAUCCUCCUGCCCCAUGGACAUCACCUACUUCCCCUUCGACUAUCAGAAUUGCUCCAUGAAGUUCGGCUCUUGGACCUACGACAAAGCCAAGAUUGACCUGGUGCUGAUCGGGUCGAAGGUCAACCUCAAAGACUUCUGGGAGAGCGGCGAGUGGGAGAUCAUUGACGCUCCAGGCUACAAGCAUGACAUCAAGUACAACUGCUGCGAGGAGAUCUACCCAGACAUCACGUACUCCUUCUACAUCCGUCGCCUGCCACUCUUCUACACCAUCAACCUCAUCAUCCCCUGCCUCCUCAUCUCUUUCCUCACAGUGCUGGUUUUCUAUCUCCCGUCCGACUGUGGAGAGAAGGUCACGCUCUGUAUCUCCGUCCUGCUCUCCCUCACUGUCUUCCUACUGGUUAUCACCGAGACCAUCCCCUCCACGUCUCUGGUCAUCCCGCUUAUUGGAGAGUAUCUGCUCUUCACCAUGAUCUUCGUGACACUCAGCAUUGUCAUUACCGUCUUUGUGCUGAACGUGCAUUAUCGCACACCCAUGACGCACACCAUGCCAGGCUGGGUGCGCUCAGUCUUUCUCAAAGUGCUGCCGAGGAUUAUGUUGAUGCGGAGACCGGCUGAUGAAGACGCCAAGGCUGGAGGGUUGGAAAGCAGUGGGGAGGCAGGAGGAGCUGGAGGGGGAGGAGGAGGCAAGAAGAGGAAGAAUAAUUUGAUGCAGCAGGUUGGAGGAGGUUCCCUCAACUGUUUGGAGUUUGGGGACAGCAAGUUGUCCUCUGUGGAGGGCUGCACAGGGAAACAAUGCUCCUGCCCCUGCCAGCAUGGGAAGCAAAGUCCCCAAUCGACAAAAGCCGGAACGUUACCUUGUCGGCUGAGUCCGCAGAGCAUCACUUCAGUGGUCGCCUUUUCGAUGGUGUCACCCGAGAUUAAACAGGCCAUCGAGAGCGUCAAGUACAUUGCUGAGAACAUGAGGAGCCGGAACAAAGCCAAGGAGGUGGAGGAUGACUGGAAGUAUGUUGCCAUGGUGAUUGACAGAAUCUUCCUUUGGGUGUUUGUGACCGUGUGCGUCCUGGGGACCGUGGGCCUCUUCCUCCAACCCCUUUUCGGCUUUGUCUCAUAACACCAACUCUGAUUUGACCAUCCUGACACAGUGAAGAAGAAAACAUGGACUCUUUGAAGCGCUGCUUUUGCUUUUUGUACUGCCUUCAUUUCACGCCUGUUACGGAUGCGUGUUAUUUUACCCGCGUACCACACAGUAAUUAGGAUUUUGUUUAUAAAUAACUAAUAAGCAGGGCAAGAAUUCAAUGAUGAACUUUCUGUUUGCUUAAUAAUGUCAUUUUGUGUUGGCAAAAGCAAACGGUCUUGAAAAAUGGAAGAAAUGCACAGUGGAACCUCGGUUGGCGUUGUUUGGUGCUUUUUCGGUUAAUGUCAAAAAUUUAGAGCCAAAAAUGUACCUCGGUUUGCAUACAUUUUCCGGUUAGCGUACAAUAUGGCGGGCGUCUUGUCGUGUUACUAACUCAUUCAAUCUCAGCCGUUUUUCAAAAGACAACCCCAUCAGACAACCCCAUUUUAGACGAUUUUGACUGAUUUUUCAAGGCACACAGAAUAUUGUGUUCUACGGCUACAUCAACAUGGAACCUACCAAAAGAAAGAUUAGACGCCCGUCUUGCAUCGGAAAACCAAAAGUUUGUUUCUACCUUUUUCCGUUGUUUAGUAAUCAGAAGUAGAACAUCGGUAAGUUUCAAGAAAAGGGAAAAAACGGCUUUUUGUGAAAAGAUACAUUUCAAGCAUAACUUUCACUUUGACACAAAUAUUUUUUGCUUUUGUGACAGCUCAAAUAUCUAAACAACUACACCAGCAUAAACACAAAAAAGGGGUUGGUUUUUUUUGGAGUACAUUUGGAACUGAAGUGCGUGUGUGCACGCGCGUGCAUGCGUGUGCAUGCGUUAACGUUUCCCUGCAAUGCGUAGCCUGCACGCUACACUCCUCCACGCUCUCUCACUUCCUCCUUCCUGCCAUGUGUGAUUUGUACGAUCCCCGCUGAGCUCUCAUCCAAUGCACUUCUGCCACCUUGUGGCCGUUUUUAUGGCUUAAAAUUGCUCUGAAGUAUUAAUGCAUUAGUGGAGAGUUGCAUCAUCACCUCUUUUUGCCUCUUGCGCCAAAAAAUGUCUAAAUACGUCUUUGGUAUUGAAUGAGUUCAAAAGAAUAAAUUCAGAGACAUAUUCUAAAAUGGUUGGUCCUGCUUAAAAAUUCAUAUUUAGUUGUAUUCAAUGUUAAAAAAAAUACGACAUGGCUCUCAUGGAAAUUUUAAAAUAUGUGACUUUCAUGGCUCUCUUAGCCAAAAAGGUUCCCGACCCCUGGGUUAGGGUAUGUUUUGGUUAGAGUCUGGAACGGAUUAAUGACGCCAACCAAGGUUCCACUGAAAGCCACUCUCCACAGCGGGAUCACUAUCUGGCAAGUAGGUCCUGUUUGCCUUGACGAAUGAGUUGUAAGAGUUCAUUAGGGCUUGCGUUUGACCAUUUGUCAACCCUUCAGGGUACCCUUACUGUCAAGUGGUACCUACAAAUGAAAAGUAAUGCUCUCAAGAAGUCCAAUGUAUCUUCGUCUUUUAGUUGUUUGGUGUGUAGGAAUCUAAUGUUCAUUUCGGCCUUGGAUUCAGGAGAGAAUGAACUAUUUCACCUUCACGUUCAUGUAUUCCAUCCGCUACACUUGCUGUAAUUUAGUGUCCGGCACAUUUCUCCGUUUGCGUGACUGAAAACAUGGAUUGCAUCUCUGGCUGGAAAUCAAAUACACUUCAAAAAUAUAUGAAUUACUAAGUCAUGUUGUUUAUGGUCAAAUACGGCCUUUUAUUAAUCAAAACAUGCAUAUUUUAACUAAUAUGUAUGGUUUUCCCUCCAUUAAGAAUUUUCAAGCAUCGAAAUGGCUAAAUGUACUAAAAUACAAAUAUCGAAGAUGUUGACAUAGUAUUGUCCACUGGUCACUAGGUGUCGCUAUUGUUACUGUAAUGUUCGGUGAGACACACAAGCACCAGACUUGAUCGCCGGAACAACAGGAUUUUAUUGGGGGUUUGAAUUGUCUCACAACAGGCGCAAUAAUCUCUCAUGAAAACACAAGCUACUUCUCUGAACGCCCCACGUCACUUCCUGUCCGUCACUCACUCCGCUCCCCUAGGGAACCCAUUUGAACAUAUACAGUAUGUCUUAAAUAACUUAUGUGCUCUUAUUAUGUCUACUCUAUUGGGUGACUAUAGGGGUGUUAUUUCAUGUCUAGAGGGCUCUAAUGAAGUUAAAAGCUGUAUUUAGAAGGUCAUAGACAGGUUCUCUUUGUACUACUUCACGGAAAUUGACUUCUAACCGCGAUAAACGAGGAGCUGCUGUACGUGACGUUCACCCAGACGCUUCCUCAUGAGGACUGUGAUUAAUGUCGUACACGAGGCUGAGCCUGCUUCAUCAAGCUGCCUGCGGUCACAGCCAAUCAUUCACACACUCGUUUUCAUACCGCCGCCAUUAGAGCGUGAAUUUCAUGAAUAAAAGGAGGCUGUUUCUGUUUUGUGGUGAGGAUGCACGUGUCGGUGAACGUUCGCCGUGAUUAACGUCCCACGUUUUAAUGAGUUUGAAUUAAAUGCACUUGCUCGCUUGCUCCGAAAAUAGCGUGACGUUUCUUCAUCAGGGAAUUGUUUCUAAUCCAGCGGUUGUUCGUGUGUGUUGUUCUAUUCUAAUGAUGCUACGUAAGACACAUGUAUGGAAGACAUUCGGAUUACGCACAGGCCUUUUUUGGUGUCUCAUGCUGAAGGGUUUAUAAAAUGCUAUUUGCCUUUGCGUCAUUUGACUGUGGAAUACUUGUAAAUGUACGGUUUGGUCAUUGUGAUGUCUCCUGAAUGGUACACCCCGUGAACUCAUGUUCAUUUCGGUAGGUAGAAUUAAUUCUUUGCAGGCAGAGACUCUCCUCCAAUUGUCCAUCCAUUUAAAAUAGAUCUACCGCUUAUCCGAGGUCGGGUCGCGGGGGCGGCAGUCUAAGCAGGGAAGCCCAGACUUCCCUCUGCCCGGCCACUUCGUCCAGCUCCUCUCGGCGGGUGCUGGGGUGUUCCCAGGCCAGUUGAGAGACAUAGUCUCUCCAAGCGUGUCACAACAGCACUGCAAUCAUGUUGCCGGCUGCAGCGUCGAUGGUACAGGUUUAAAAAAAGGAAUUUGAAAAUGCCCGAACAACAUAUAAAUAUUUCAGCAAAAUUGAUGAAUCUUGUCAGGGACCCUUUGAGUUUCUCUUUCUAAAAGAGGGGUGCAGAAACCGCUAUACAUGCGAAGUUUGCUUGCAUUCUGGGCUGUUUCCUUGAUCUUUGUCAUUGAUGCAAAGAGUCCAGCGCUGUGACCAACUAUGUUGCUCUUAUCAAAUUUUCCGCCAUUUAUUUAUUUAUUAUUAUUCUUAUUCCGCCGUUUUUUUCGUCUGCUAACUCAAUUUUUCAACUGAUUCACACCAUUCAAGCAUCAAAUAGUUCAGCUUGUUCGGGAAUACUAUGAGACCAUUUCAGUUUUUUCAAAAAAGUCCCAGAUUUUCCAAAAAUCCCACAGAAUUGUUCCCAUUGAUAAUGAAUGGGCCAUUUGUCCAUUUUUCCACCAGUCGCACAUUUCUCAACCAGUUCAAACCAUUCCACCAUGAAAACAUUCCACACAUCCAGGGCUUCAAACUAACAUUCCAAAAAUUCCAACUUUUUCUGACAUUGCCACUUUUCCUUUAAUCUUAAUUACUGUAAUUUCCUUUGAUCUUAAUUACUCCACUACUUGAAUUUUUCAUUUUUUUUUUCAUUUUUCAACCAAUUCCAACAUCAAAUCAUUCAGCACAAUUAAGGCUACCUAUUUUUCAAAUUAAAAAAAAAUGCAAAUUUUUCCCAAAAUUCCCACUUUUCCAGAAAACUAAUGAACUCUUAAGGAAUGCUACUACUUGUACAUUUCUUAACCCAUUCACCUCAUUCCAACAUCAACUCAUUCAACUAAGUCAGGAGAUUCGUGAUAUUAUCCACAGCACAAAAAAUCCCACUUUUCCUGACAUGCCCAUUUUUCCCAACUGCGGAAUGCCUUUGAUCUAAGUAGAUCAAAGAUUCCAACCGUUCCACCAUAAAACCAUUCAAUCAAUCAAUCAAUUCAUUUGUGCUAUUAUCCACAGCCGACUUUUCUCGUCAUGCCCCUUUUUCCAGUAAUGUUGAAUGCAGAUCAAAGGCAUUCAGGACAUCAAACCAUUGAACUAAUUCAGGACAUUUGUGCUAUUAUCCAUAUUACAACAAUUCCCAUUGUUCUCGAUAUUUCCAUUUUUCCAGAAUUAUCUUAGCGCUAUCAUGCUAUCAUUCAUACAGCCGUUUUAAAUUUUGGCAGGUUUCUGGGCCAUUCCAGGGCGCAUUCGCCGCUUCCGUUUCGACACUCGUUGGCUUGAACACACAUCAUAUAUAUUUUGUCUUUCAUGAUAUAAUGGUCUUGAAUACUUUUAUACAUCACAUUUUAUUCCUUUUUUCCUUUUAUUAUUCCAUUUUUUGCUCAUUUUUGUUCGUCAUCAGUUUCGGGCAUUCACACGCAAUGUCUCCAGACAUUGCAACCAUCUAGUUUUUGAAUACAAUUGUGUGAUCAUUGUCUGCUUGCCCGAUAGCAACGCGGUCCAAAGAACCAGGAAGAAAGGCUAAAGAAAAGAACUCGCCUUUGCACUUGUAAGACGUGUAUGUUUCAUUUUCUGUGGACAAACCUUUGCUUAUUUGGGGGCGUUGCUGACGUUAGCUUGUGAGAUGCUGGGGGAGGAAGAGGUAGGCAAAGAAGAAAGAUGCAGUCCACUGCAGCAGAGAGGAGUUUGUUUGAUGGUGAGCAGAGGUAGAGAAUGAUCGCUUCUAACAUGCAUUGUUUCCACUUCAGAUGGAACAGUGGGAGGAGAGCGGAAAGCCAACUCUUGCUUUAUGAUUUCACAAACACAAACAUGUCCUACUGAAUGCUGUUUUGUAAUAAUAUCCUUGCCCACCCACCAAUGUCUUGGUUAAUAAUCCAUCACGCUAGCAUUGAUCACUCAUGCAUUGUAACCUGACACCUUGCCUCUGUAAAGCUGACUUCAACAAUUUGAAUGUAAUUUCCAUGAAGACUGUUGUGUGGACACUGUUUAAGAGUUACUGUAGUUUUGUGUUUGAUUAUGUUUUUAUGUUUGGUUCAUCUCAAACUUCAAACAUGUAUCCUGUUAAGAUGUAUUAUUUUUUUGCUUAAACUUGAGAUAUUUAAACUAAAAUAGGCUGUUUGCUGUCUGGUUGUGAUUUUUUUUAAAACAACAUAGUCAGACAAAGAUUAAAACGAUCUCUUGUGGUUGGUGGUAAGGGUUAAGUAUCCACAAAAAAAGACCAAAAGUAAUUUU